AUGGCUGAUCGUAUAAGUGUGACUCCCGCGCAGCAAUUCAGGAAAGAACAUAAGUCCGUGCAGUACCAACUGCGACAGAUUAUAGGUAGAGGGUCGUAUGGUGUUGUCUACAAAGCCACCAAUAAGAAAACUGCGCAGGAAGUAGCCAUAAAAGAGGUGAACUACCAGGAUGACGAUGAAUUGGUGGAUAUUAUGUCGGAGAUUGACCUCUUGAAGAAUCUGAAUCACAUAAACAUUGUCAAAUACCACGGUUUCAUUCAAAAACAACAUAACCUAUACAUCAUUCUUGAGUACUGCGCAAAGGGUUCCUUGAAGAACUUGAUCUCACGAAACAGGCCCAUGAGUGAACACGAGGCCAAGCCUUACGUAAGACAAACUUUAAACGGGCUAAACUAUUUACAUGAACAAGGUGUUAUCCAUAGAGAUAUCAAAGCAGCAAAUAUAUUACUGGAUUCCGAAAAUGUUGUUAAGUUGGCAGAUUUUGGUGUCUCCACUAAAGUUAACAACACUGCUAUGACCUUAGCAGGUUCCCUAAAUUGGAUGGCUCCCGAGAUUAUUGGUAAUCGUGGUGCAUCAACUUUGAGUGAUAUAUGGUCUCUUGGAGCAACAGUUGUGGAGUUAUUAACAGGCAAUCCACCCUUUCAUAACCUGAUAGAUAUGAAUAUUUACUAUGCCAUUGAAAAUGAUUCUUAUUUCCCUCCAAGUAGCUUGUCCUCAGGUGCUAAGGAUUUCUUACAGCAGUGUUUUGCUAAAAACAUGUACAAGAGACCCACAGCAGUUCAAUUGUUACAACAUAAUUGGUUAGAAAACGAUAACUCCAAAGACUCUACCAUGGAUAAACAAGUGAUACCAAGUGUUGAAAAAUUAAAUCUUUAUCAGGAGAAAUUUGAAGAUUCCGACCUUUGUUGGGAUGAUGAUUUUGAAGAAAAGGAUUUAAAUUUAUCAUCACCAUCUAAAAAGGAUUUAGUUAAAACUAAAAUUCCUUCUGAUGAAUUUAUUCCUGAUGUUUUUAACAUAUCAGAGGUUAAUCAAGGAAAUCAAGGAAAUCAAGGAAAUCAAGGAAAUCAAGGAAAUCAAGGAAAUCAAGGAAAUCAAGGAAAUGAUCCCAUUAAGAACGAACAAGCGAGAAGUAAUAAUAAUAUUGUUAUUCAAAGUCAAUUGGAGAGAAGUUCUACUCCAUUUACAAUGGAUAGAAAUAAGGGUAAUGCAGAUUUUCUACAAAACUCAUCUUUAGAUGAGGACAAUCUUUUACAGAUCGUUAAAUCUGGGAAAUCUAUUGAAAAUGUGGAUUAUUUUUUCCAAAAAUGUUCUAUAGAUAUGUUGGCGUUGACAUUGAUUGAACUGACUAUGAAUAAGAAAGAUAUGAUUAGGGAGCAUCUAGCACCAUCAAAUCAUGAAUUAAAUUUGUAUAAGUUUUUCGAAUACGAUGAAAAAAAAAACAAAAGUAAGUUGAAAAGAAAGUUCAUUCAACUAGGUGGGUUACCUAGUCUAUUUCAUUAUGAAAAAUUACUGAGCAUUUUCUUUGUCGAUGAUUUUGUUGAUGAUUUGAUAAGAGCAGGUAUCAUCCCAUAUGUUAGGGACUACAAAAAUGGAAGUCUGGUACUUUCAAUUAUAAACAAGCAUAUGGAACUUAUGAGUAUUCAAAGUUGGUGUAAAUGGUGUAAUUUUAAUUUGCCAAUUGAUAUCAUUCUAGAAAACUUGAUAGCUCGAAAAGCACAAUCUAUCUUACUUAAAAUUUCCACUUAUGGAAGUAAAGAAUUUAAACUGGAAAUCUUAAAGAAUAUUGUGAACUAUAAUUAUAAUAGUUCAAAUCAGAAAAUCUUAUUGGAUUCGCAAGUGAUGUAUGUUAUAUUCAAGUCGGUGUUUUAUAUCUUGAGAUCUCUUCACUUGAACUCUGGAACUUCAAAUAAUUCAGCCAUGUUAUUAAAUUUUCACUCACAUCACAUUUCUACAACGGGUUCCAAUACUGGGAAUACACCUUCUCUAAGUUCUUCACCUACUAAAUCACCCGUAAGUUCAUGGAAAACCCAAUCACCACCACUAUCCCCAACGAGAACGUUGAGUGGGAAAUCUCAAGGUUAUCCAUCUGGUGUAUCUAAUCCUCCAAACGCUUUGUCAAGUAAUAAUAACGGGUUUAUUGUUCCUGAGAAUGUAUUUUUAUGGAUGGAAGAGUUUUUAAGGAGCAAAUAUUUUUGCUCAUUGAUGGAUAUUCAUGUUUGGAAAUAUUUCAAUAGAGCAUUUUAUUACACCACCUAUAAUAAUAAGCCACGAUUACUGAAAUUAUUGGCCGAUGAUUGUUAUACCAGAUUUUGCAUAAGAGUUGCAGACACGGUUUCUGACAAAAAUGGCAGACAGGUCAUGGGUCAGGCAUCUCUGGUUUUGAUGAGGAUGUCCAACGAGCUAUUAUCAUCGUUGCAUAAUAAUCAAAUAUUAUCUGGUAACAAAAAAAUCAGUAUCUCACCUUCGCUGAUCACAAUUGCUACAAAAUUCCUUGGUAAACGAGAGUUCAUUUAUGAAGGUAUUGAGAUAGUUUUAAAUUGUAUACAGUUUAUUUCUCAUCAAAACGAGGAUACAGGAAACGUCAAUACCUUCAAUAGGCGUGGCAAUCAAAGAAAUAGGAAUGGUGAAAGACUUAUGGUCUUGCAUUCUGAUAAAUUAUUGUUCUCAGAGGAGAACGUUCUGGUAGAUAUGAAUGAUAUCGUUGACUGUUUCUUUAUAUUCCCUGAAAAUGAUAGCAAUUUCGGUAAUUACGUGGUAAAAUUUAUGAAGCUUUGCAUGGUCCAACAGCUUGAGUAUGUCUGUCAACGGAUAGUUUUGAAAGAACAAUUCUAUGAACGAAUUGUGGCGUUCUUUGGUUUUUAUUGUAACAGUUUAUUGAUUCAAAUUGAUUUACUAAAAUUAGUCAAGACACUAUUCACAAGGGCACUUCACUCCAAUAAUGAAAGAAGCAAUAUAUUGGAUAGCUUAAAGACUCUCUUGGCAUUCCUCUCUGAAAAUUGGGAUCCACUGAAAGGAAAUAAUAAAGGCCAGGUCGGAUAUAAUUCUGUCUUGAUCAAGCAAUUAUGUAGCGAUAUCGCAGCGCUGCUAUCCUAUAGACCAAAUACAAAACGGAGUAAUGGUCUUGAUCAUUUGGGGGUUUCACAAUUUGCAUUAGAUAAGAACAUUACAUCCUCGGGUCCUGUUGUUGAUAGAGGUAGAUUACCAGUACCAAGACCUGAGUUUAAUACGUGA